GAAAACUUAAAAUUGGUUGCCCACAGAAAACUGUCCCGUGUACUCUUGGUGGCUAUGAAGUUCAGCCACAGUCAGCGACUGGGCUCUGUGCUUGCCCUUUUCUCUCUGGUCCUAGUUUUCUGCGAUGUCCUUAGGGUCAGGGCACUGGACAAUGGCUUGGCGAGGACUCCUACCAUGGGCUGGCUACACUGGGAGCGGUUCAUGUGCAACCUGGACUGCCAGGAAGAGCCUGAUUCCUGCAUCAGUGAGCAGCUUUUCAUGCAGAUGGCAGAUCUCAUGGUCUCUGAUGGCUGGAAGGAUGUGGGUUAUAAUUACGUCUGUAUAGAUGACUGCUGGAUGGCUCCCGAAAGAGAUUCAAAAGGCCGACUUCAAGCAGACCCUCAGCGCUUUCCUGGAGGAAUUCAACGCCUAGCUAAUUAUGUCCACAGCAAAGGACUAAAGCUAGGGAUUUAUGCAGAUGUUGGAAAUAAAACCUGUGCAGGCUUCCCAGGGAGUUUUGGAUACUAUGACAUUGAUGCCAAGACCUUUGCUGACUGGGGAGUAGAUCUGCUAAAAUUUGAUGGCUGUUACUGUGACAGUAUAAACCUUUUGGCAAAGGGUUAUAAGCACAUGUCAUUGGCCCUGAACAAGACUGGAAGAAGCAUUGUAUACUCCUGUGAAUGGCCUCUUUAUAUGUGGCCCCUUCAUCAGCCCAAUUACAAAAAAAUCCGGCAGUACUGCAAUCACUGGAGAAAUUUUGCUGAUAUUUAUGAUUCCUGGGAAAGUAUAAAGCAGAUCUUGGCCUGGACAGCUUCUAAUCAGGAUAGAAUUGUUAAUGUUGCUGGACCAGGGGGUUGGAAUGAUCCAGACAUGUUAGUGAUUGGCAACUUUGGCCUUAGCUGGGAUCAACAAGUAACUCAGAUGGCUCUCUGGGCUAUCAUGGCUGCUCCUUUAAUCAUGUCUAAUGACCUGAGACAAAUCAGCCCUCAAGCAAAAGCUCUACUUCAAAAUAAGGAUGUGAUUGCUAUCAACCAAGACCCCUUGGGCAAGCAGGGGUAUCGCCUUAGAAAGGAAAAAGAAGUUGAAGUGUGGGAACGACCUCUCUCCAACAUAGCCUGGGCUAUAGCUCUGAGAAACCUGAAGGAAAUUGGUGGACCUCUUUCUUAUACCACAUCACUUGUUUCCCUAGGUAAAGGUGUGGCCUGCAGCCCUGGUUGCUUCAUUACACAGCUCCUCCCUAUAAAAAAGGAUCAUGGGUUCUAUGGAUGGACUUCUAGUUUUAAAACACAAAUAAAUCCCACAGGCACAGUUUUGCUGAAGCUAGAAGCCAUUAGUCCAAAUUGAAAAGCUUAAUACUUUGAAAUCUUUUUUUUCCAGUGAUUAAUUCCUGUCUGAUCCUUUGUAUUUCCACUAUAAAAAUCACUACUAAAUUUCCCCAAGUUAGAAAAUGAUGGAUUAGGGAAGCCUGUGCUAUUUAGCUUUUUAAGCAUCUGGGAGCUUUAUUUCUUGCCUUGAUGGUUUCUAAUUCCUUUGUUGACUUAGAUUAUCUUCUUAGAUUUCAGUCUUUGGAUUUCCGAUAGUCAGCGUAUAGUGUCUCUGUAUAUUAUACAAAGUUGUAAGAAUCAUGUCAAGAGUUAUAUUUUUGUUUCAUUGUAUCCAUUAUCCAGAAUUAAAUUAUUAAGCAUAAUUGGGGUUUUGGAAUUUUUAGUUUUGUUUGUGCAGUUUCUAGGCAGUGCUCAUUCAUAGUUGUUAAAUCAUGAUAAAUGAUCUUGCCUUAAUCUUUGGUGAUACUUUUUAAGUGUUUAUUUCAUCUGCUUAGAUACUAUUGUUUAGGCUGACUGGAUAUGGAAAUCAUGAAUAAAAACAUUUUCUUUCAUUAUAAAAACAAGUUUGAGGAAAAGGCUACUAAAGAAAGCUAUAAUUUAUUGUGCUAAGCUAUAAAAUAAAUGCUUAAAAUGUAUUUUAA